AUGUCAGCAGAGUCAGUUGUGUCCUGUUCAGCCACAGGUCGACCUGCUCCCACUGUAACACUGACUGUUCUACAGCAGAACCUCAGCUUCUCCCACUACAACAGCAGCAGUGUGACCCACAGCAACGGUACAGUCACCGUCACCACCACAGCUCUGCUGUCAGCUUCCUGCAGCACACAGGUUGGAUGUUCAGUGUCAGUGCUCUCUGCUGCUCCCAGAGAGAAGAUGAUCACCGUUCCUGAAUUUAAAGAAACAUCUUUUGAAGAACUUGCAGCCAAACUGCAAAUAUGUGGGACAAAGAACUUUGGACUGAUUUUUGGAGUGUUGGUCUUUGGGGUUUUAGUAGCUUUACUUGCCACUUUCUAUUUGAGACAAACGCAUCAGAACAGGAAGCCUCAAAUGGAGAAAAACUCUGAAGAUCAAAUCAGUAUUAUUAAGAAUGAGGAAAUGCUUCAGCCACAAAAGAACACUGAGGAGCCGACAUCUGUCAUAAUCUACAGACAAUCCAGCAGACAAUCACCAACAACAGAAUUACCAACAAAAUUACCCACAACACCUGAUGUAGAAAGCUGCCCCCCUGAACCUCACCCAAAAGUAGCACCAAAAAAAUCAAUAUAACAAAAUAUGGGGUUUUAUGGGUGUUAAAAUAUAAAGUUCAUUGAUGUAUUUUUAUAAUUAAAAUAAAUGAAAAUGAGGAAGGAACCCUUGUGUCUUUCUCUUAAA